GCAGAUUUUACAAAUAGCCCAUAGUCGAUCACUCUAAUUUUUGAUUCUGCUUCGAUCUACACGGAAGAAACAAAAAAGCGGAAAAAGAGCGAGCGUGCGCUCGAGGUGGCCUCCGCAUCGCCAUGAGAUGUCUCAAACCCUUCUCGAUCUACUCCGCUAUUCUCCGCGCGAUUCGUCUACCCCGCGUCGGUUCGCAACGCUCGCUCUCCUCCCCCCUUUUCCUAUCCCCGCAGAUUGGCAAAAGAGACGCUCUGUAUUUAUUCGGGACGAAGAGUCGUUACCUAUCAUCAACAGUUGAGACGCUAUUAGAAUACGAAAGAGAUGAGCCGUUGGAUGAUGGGAAGGCGGUCAAGAAGGAGUCGACACUUAAUCUCGCACUUUCUCAGCUUGCCGGUGAUUUUGAUAGAGAGUCCAAUUUGACUUUGAACCGUUUCUUCUGUACCCGGCAUACCUCGGUCAUUUCCACGGGCUCUUUAAAACUCGAUCUUGCUCUCGGCAUUGGAGGAUUACCGAGGGGGAGAAUCGUUGAAAUUUUUGGGAAAGAGGCAUCUGGGAAGACAACACUGGCUCUUCAUAUUGUCAAGGAAGCUCAAAAAAUUGGAGGUUGUUGUGCUUAUUUCGAUGUAGAAAAUGCAUUGAAUCCUUCAUUUGCAGAAUCCAUAGGCAUAAACACUGGAAAUCUCCUUAUUGCGCGUCCUGACUCUGCUGAAAAUUCCUUAAGCAUAGUGAACACUCUGGUUAAUAGUGGAUCAGUUGAUGUCAUUGUUGUUGACAGUGUGGCAGCACUUGUUCCAAAAUGUGAGCUUGAUGGCAUUAUAGAUCUGAAUUCUGAGGAUGUACAGUCGCGUUUGAUGACUCAAGCACUUAGAAAAAUUCAUGAUUCACUAAGCCGAUCAAAAACCCUUGUCAUUUUUGUGAAUCAGGUCAGAGCAAAUUUAAGAUCAAAUCAAAGCGUCGGGGAGAAAAACGAAGUCGCUUGCGGGGGGAAUGCUUUAAAGUUUUAUGCAGCAAUUCGAAUGAGGAUUUCAAGAAAGGGCUUGCUGCAGACUGAAGAUAAGAUAACUGGGGUCGGCAUUUUGGUGCAAAUUGUGAAAAACAAACUAGCUCCUUCGAUGAAGAAAGCUACUUUAGAUAUCCAAUUUGGGAAGGGGAUUUGCCAUGAAGCUGAGAUUCUGGAGAUGGCUUCUUUGCAUGGAAUUAUAUUGAGAGAGGGAGGUGGAUACUGGAUAAAAGGGUCGUUCUUCAAAGAUCAAGCAGAGGCCGAACAUUUCCUAUCCGAGAAUAGCACGGUAGCAGAUGAGCUCGUCAAUAACUUACGGAGUCAGUUGUUUGAGAUGCCAGAAUAUGGAGCCUGAGACAGAUCAUAAACCGAUUUUUUUAUAGUAAGAUUUGAAUAUUGCUUCGCUCUAAAUCACGUUUGGAUUUGCAAGAAGAGAUCUCACAGUAGCAGCUGUGAUUGUUCGCGAGUGCUAUAACACUAUACGAUUAUACAAUUCUUUGCACGAUCUAGUUUGUUCUUGUGAAGUAGAAGUUCCUCCCUGGCUCUCGACGGCAUCCUUUUGCACUAGGAACUGAUAGAGAAGGCCAUGCUGAUAUUUUGCUAUUGCGAUAUCUCUUCGUGAAGGUAAUUUUUGUGUGUAAUUCCUGCGUUGACGUGUAUAUCAUUUUAUGUACUCCAUGAUCAAUGUAACAGUAUGAAUGUUCUGUUAAUUCUCAAGCCAUCGUAGGGUGGAGGUGGUGGUGGUGUUGUUAGUUUAUUUUGUCUGUGUGUGUGUGUGUGUGUGUGUGUAACGCUGAAUGUUUACAGCUUAAUUAUGAUUUGACAUUAAUCACAGCAUGUCAAGGCAUUUAUUCUUCUACAUGUGGUUUUAGACCUUCCACAUUGUGAGAA